GCUUAAAGGCAAAGAAGAUGAUAAAAUCUAUCGGGGUAUGCAAAACUAUCAGCAGUUUUAUGAAAAGAGAGACACUGCCCAGGGAAAUGCUUCCAGCGGCAUGGUGCGUAAAGGUCCUAUCCGUGCUCCAUCUAACUUGAGGUCAACAGUACGAUGGGAUUAUCAACCAGAUAUUUGCAAAGAUUACAAGGAGACUGGCUUUUGUGGUUUUGGAGACAGCUGUAAGUUUUUGCAUGAUAGAUCUGAUUACAAGUUUGGGUGGCAGCUGGAAAGAGAAAUGGCAGAAGGAACAUAUGGGGAUGACGAUGAUGAUCCACAUAAGUAUGAAAUAGCUGAUGACACAGAUCACCUUCCUUUUAAGUGUUUUAUUUGUCGUAAAACCUUCAAAGAUCCUGUUAUGACAAAGUGCAACCACUAUUUUUGUGAGAAAUGUGCUUUAGAAAAUUAUAAGAAAUCAACGCGGUGCUACAUUUGCAAUGCCCAAACUAAUGGUAUGUUCAAUCCUGCCAAGGAAAUCAUAGCAAGAAUGAAAGGGGAGGAAGAGGAAGCUUCAGCAGGACCUCAGCAAGACUCAGACGACUCUGAUUAAUAGUUUUAAUUAUCUAAUCUUAAGGUAUGGCAUUGGAAAAUGGUACUGCCAAGGCCAAGUGCCAUCUAAUUCUUACUUGCUUUAUAUAAAUAAUAAACUAAAAAUGUACAGUA